AUGCUCAUCUGCGAGUACCACAAAGGAAGUUGGGGCGACCUGGCCGCGGCAGGCUUGUCUGGGGUCACCACUAAAGCGCUGUUGAAGCUCGUGUUGUGCACGGAACGCUUGGGCUAUGCUGUCGCCGAGCUGCGGAAAAGCUCGAAAUUCUUCGCGCAAAACACGGCGAUUACCGCUCCGUUGCUGGACGCUCUCAAUGGCAACAUUCAACAACAGUCAGUCGACUUCCAAGGCCCUGAUCGGCGUCACUCAUAG